AUGGUGUACACAAUAUUCAUAACAGGGGGAUUUAAACAGAGCUGUUUUUCCCUGGAUCUGAGGCUGUUUUUCCCUGGAUCCAGGGUGGGAUCUGAGGCUGUUUUUCCCUGGAUCCAGGUGCUCCGGGGGGCGCAGACGGCGGCGGCGGCGCCUCGGCUGAAGAAAUUUGCCAUUUACAGAUGGGACCCCGACAAGCCCGGGGACAAACCCCGCAUGCAGACCUACGAGGUGGACCUGAACAAGUGUGGGCCCAUGGUGCUCGACGCCCUGAUCAAGAUCAAGAACGAGAUGGACUCCACACUGACCUUCCGCAGGUCCUGCAGGGAGGGGAUCUGUGGCUCCUGUGCUAUGAACAUCGCUGGGGGCAACACCCUGGCCUGCAUCAAAAAAAUCGACAGUGACCUCAACAAAGUCACCAAAAUCUACCCCCUGCCCCACAUGUACGUGGUGAAGGACCUGGUUCCGGACCUGAGUAACUUCUACGCUCAGUACAAAUCCAUCGAGCCCUACCUGAAGAAGAAGGACGAGUCCAAGGAGGGCAAGCAGCAGUACCUGCAGUCCAUCGAGGACCGCCAGAAGCUGGACGGGCUCUACGAGUGCAUCCUGUGUGCCUGCUGCAGCACCAGCUGUCCCAGCUACUGGUGGAACGGGGACAAGUACCUGGGCCCUGCUGUGCUCAUGCAGGCGUACCGCUGGAUGAUCGACUCGCGCGAUGACUUCACACAGGGCACUGGGGGGGCACAGGGCAUACAGCAGAUUUGGGAAUUUGCUGUCGCUUGGAUCCAUCCUGUAACCUCCCAGGGUUUGAAAGGAAGGACAGAACCAGCUGGAUUCCAGCUUUUCGGGGGAAAAAGAGGUGGAAUAUCAGCAGGUUUGGGAGUUCACUACAGCUUGGAGAGGAGGAAGGAGAGAGGGAGGGAGGGGAGGGAGGUGCUGCAGCCCUCCAGGGGCACUGACCGGCCCCUCCCACAGGGGCUGAACCCCGGCAAAGCCAUCGCCGAGAUCAAGAAGAUGAUGGCGACCUACAAGCAGAAGGCAGCGGCUGCCUGAGGGCUGAGUGACCUCAGAGUGACCCUGAGUGACCUCAGAGUGACCCUGAGUGACCCUCAGGCCUGGCAGCUCCAGCAGGGCGUUACCUGUGCCAGGGCUGACCUGUGCACCUGCAAUAAAGGCUGUAAAGAACAA